AUGUGUGUGAGCAUCCAGGGCUGGUUCAGACAGCGGACCGUAAGGACCUGGCUCAGUGCCUGCUGUUCAGUGAAGACUCAGAGGACAGAGAGCAUGCUGGGACGCUUCCACACAGACCUACGGACGCCCCACCCCCUCAGAAGAACUGAAGCGCAGGGCCAGGGGAGGAGCUCUGAGACCACACCCACAGGAAGAGGAAACGGUUCCUGCCAGAAUGCUGACUCCCCAUUGGACGUAUCUGAUGACUUCAUCCUGUUCAGCCCCUCCCUCCUGGCGCGGGCGAGGGAGAGAGCGGCGCUACAGCGGUCUCUGAGGAACAACAUGUCAGCCUCUGUUCUCACGCCCCCUACUGGGCUGGAGGCCAGCACACUCAACACCACAGGGGUUGGUCUAUCAGCGGUGUGUAUGCGUCCAGACGAGCAGUGUGACAGGUUGUUGUUGUCCAGCUGGGGUCUACCUGCUGCGGUCCUUCAGCGUUACCGUCGUCAUGGUGUCGUCUCCAUGUUCCCCUGGCAGGCUCAGUGUCUCAGUCUGGGACGCGUGCUGCAAGGACAAAACCUGGUCUACUCAGCCCCAACCAGUGCAGGGAAGACCCUGGUGGCAGAGCUGUUAAUGCUGAAGAGAGUACUGGAGACGAAGAGGAAAGCUCUGUUUAUUCUGCCCUUCGUAUCCCUGGCCAAGGAGAAGAUGACCUACCUGCAGAGUGUGUUCUCCGAGGCGGGGUGUGUGGAGGGCUACAUGGGAGGCCGGGCUGCUCCAGGAGGUUUCAAUAGUCUGGAUAUAGCAGUGUGUACUAUAGAGAAGGCCAACUCCCUCCUCAACAGACUCAUAGAGGAGGAUUCCAUGGACCUACUGGGUGUGGUAGUUGUGGAUGAGCUUCACAUGGUAGGAGACUCCGGUAGAGGAUACCUGCUGGAACUACUGCUCACCAAGAUCCGAUACAUCGCCCUCAAACACAACACCAACAACGGCUCCUUAUCAGAAGGUGUCCAAAUCGUGGGUAUGAGCGCCACCCUCCCAAACCUGUCCCUGCUGGCUGGGUGGCUGGAUGCUGAGCUUUACCAGACAGACUACAGACCCGUCCCCCUGAAGCAGAGGCUCAAGGUGGGGAACAGCAUCUACGACUCCAGCCUCUCUCUGGUCCGAACCUUCAAGCCCCUGAUCACUGUUAAGGGCGAUGAGGACCACAUACUGUCUCUAUGUUAUGAGACAGUGAGUGAAGGUCACUCUGUCCUCCUGUUCUGUCCUUCCAAGAGCUGGUGCGAGAAACUGUCGGACAGUAUUGCUAGAGCGUUCUACAACCUCAGACACACAGGUGGGCAGAAUGGCUCAGCGCUCCAGCCUGUGGCGUUGGACCAGGGGGGAGUAGUGGAUGUGUUAGCCCAGCUCAGACGCACCCCAGCUGGGUUAGACCCGGUCCUGCAACGCACCGUGCCCUGGGGGGUGGCCUUCCACCACGCUGGUUUGACGUUUGAUGAGCGAGACGUGUUGGAGGGAGCGUUCCGAGGGGGCGUGGUCAGAGUGUUGGCGGCGACCUCAACCUUGUCAUCGGGGGUCAACCUGCCUGCGCGCAGGGUUAUCAUACGAACUCCGACCUUUAAUGGUCGUCUGCUCGACCCCCUGACCUACAGACAGAUGGCCGGACGCGCUGGGAGGAUGGGAGUCGACACUGAGGGUGAGGAGGGGGAGGAUGGGAGUCGACACUGA